AUGGGAGGAAUCAGCGGGAUAUACAUCCUCGACAGCAAGGGGAGGAUGAUGAUCAACCGCACGUAUAAGGACGAUGUGCUCACCAACAUUACGGACUCCUUCUACAACAAUGUGCUCCUACAGGAGCCGAACGCCGUUAGGCCUGUGUACCACUGCGACGGAAGCACGUUCUGCUGGAUACUGCACAGCGAUAUCUACUUCCUCGCGGCAGCUUCAGCCAACUACAACGUCACCAUGGUUCUGUCGUUCCUCUACCGAUUUGUCAAGGUGCUCGAGGGAUACUUCAAAAACCUGGUGGAGGAGCGCAUCCGGGAGAAUUUUGUUAUUAUAUACGAACUGCUGGACGAGAUGCUUGACAACGGCUAUCCGCAGGCUACGGAGGUUAGCAUUCUCAGAGAAUGCAUCCGCAACCGUUACCACCAAAUGACCAUAGAUGCCGUCAAGCCGCCGACGGCGAUGACGAACGCUGUUUCGUGGAGACGCGAGGGGAUCAAGCACAAGAAGAACGAAAUCUUCCUCGACGUAGUAGAGAGUUUGGACAUUGUUGUAUCCGCCUCAGGCGCUGUGCUGCGCUCGGAGAUCCGCGGAUGUCUUAAAAUGAAAUCGUAUCUUUCGGGCAUGCCGCAGCUCUACUUAGGGUUCAACGAUAAGACGGUGUUCGAAAUGUCGUCAGGCAGGGAUUUGGCUGCCUUUGGCAACGCUGGUUACAACCGAAACCCGAACAUGAAAACCGUAGAAAUGGAAGAUGUGAAGUUCCAUCAGUGCGUGCAGCUCGAACGGUUUGAGUCCGACCGUACCAUUAGCUUCAUCCCCCCGGACGGAGAAUUUGAGCUAAUGACUUAUCGCCUAAACUGCCAUGUGAAGCCGCUUUUCUGGUGCGAUGUCAUGGUGAACAACAAGUCUGCGACGCGCAUCGAUUUUACAGUACGAGCGGUGUCGCAGUUCAAGUCGAAAUCAAUCGCUAACAACGUUGAAUUCCACGUGCCGGUGCCCCCGGAUGUCAAGAACCCCACCUUCAAAGCUACCAUCGGAUCUGGCAAGUACGUGCCGGAUCUUGAUGCCAUCAUUUGGACCAUCAAGGAGUUCCAGGGUGAGAAGGAGUUCGUCCUGUCCGCGUCAUUCGGACUUCCGUCGGUGUCUGACGAUAACAGGGACGCCUUCGCGAAGAACCCGGUCAAGGUCUCGUUCGAAAUACCGUACUUCACCGUAUCGGGGAUAUCGAUCAAACACCUAAGAAUCACAGAGAGCUGCGGAUACCAGGCGCUUCCGUGGGUCAGGUACAUCACCCAAAAUGGCGAUUACCAGAUACGCAUGUCGUGA